UUCUUGUUUUUUUUUUCUCAUGCUCUCAAAAUGGAAGAACAAAGAGCUUCGGAAUGGUUUAGAGGGUACGAGAAGGAAGAAGUGAUGAAUGAGCUUCUUGCCAAUGAGCCGCAUCUGUUACUGCAAGAAGAAGAAGAAGAAGAGCUCGUGAGGCCUGAAACUGAUCGAAAUUGUCCGGAAAAAGAUUUUACGAACAGAUUGAUUUCGACCCUUUAUUCAGGACCGAGAAUCAAAGACAUUGAGGACGCUUUGUCCGUGGUUGAACCUCGUACCGAGUCGGCCCAUCAGAUGGUUUCCAUGUCUAGGGCCCCUUUGCUCGAGAGGGAUUUGAGCAAGAUGGAGCAUAGGUACACAUUGAAAGUGAAGAAUAGUGGUAAUGGAAUGGGUGACGAUGGUUACAAGUGGAGAAAAUAUGGUCAGAAAUCCAUCAAGAAUAGCCCUAAUCCGAGGAGUUAUUACAAGUGCACGAACACCAGAUGCAAUGCGAAGAAACAGGUGGAGAGAUCCAUAGAUGACCCCGACACGUUCAUCAUCACCUACGAGGGUCUCCACCUUCACUUCACCUACCCUUUCUUCCUCCCCGACAAGGCCCAUAGGCCCAUUAAAAAGCCCAAACCCUCUACACCUGAAGCCCACCAAGCCCAAGAGACCCAACCCUCCGUACAGGCCCAUAAAGCCCAAGAAGAGGCCUCGAGAAGGUUCCUGUCGGAGGAAGAGCUGUUCCCGGCGCUUGAUCACCGGCGACAGCGACAAGGGCUUCUAGAAGAUGUGGUGGCGCCGGCCAUAAGGAAUAUUCCGGCCAAAGAUCCUGUCUCGGAUUCUUGUUCGUCGUCUUCGUCUUCUUCUGGCCGUUCUCUUUCGCCGCCGUCCUCCGCCAUGGCCCGGUCUCCUAAUUUGUCACCUUUCUACUAAAACCUAGACUUCAGUGAUGGACUCCACUAUAUCAAUUAGUCCUCCUAAAUUAUAGAAUAUUUGGAUCUGAGUGUAGUACCAAACAUUCAUAAUUGUACUGAGAUAAGAAACAAAUUGUACUGUACUUUAGAAAGAUUAUAUGGAUUGAUUUAGUCAAAUAAAUUUCAUAGAGAUUGUUUCGA